GGGAUGCGGCCAAAGCCCGGGAAGCUGCUGUGGGGGCGAUGGCCGCACCAAGCCCCGGGCCUCGCGAGGUCCUGGCCCCYUCCCCAGAGGCUGGACGCAGAGCAGCCACAUCAAGCUCCAGCCGGCGUGGCAUCCUCUGGCGCCUUCGAGACAAGCAAUCACGCCUGGGUCUGUUUGAGAUCAGCCCAGGGCAUGAGCUGCAUGGGUUGACAUGUAUGAUGCAAGCAGGGCUCUGGGCAGCCACCCAGGUCUCUGUAGACCACCCACUCAUGGGGCUGCCCUCCCAGGAGGAUUUUUCUGAGGUCCUGACCCAGGUUCAUGAGGGCUUCGAGCUGGGCACCCUCGCUGGCCCAGCCUUCGCCCGGCUGCGGCGCUCCCUUGGUCUAGCCGAAGAGGACUAUCAGGCUGCGCUGGGCCCCGGCGGCCCCUACCUGCAGUUUCUCAGCACCUCUAAGAGCAAGGCCAGCUUCUUCCUGUCCCACGACCAGCGCUUCUUUCUGAAGACCCAGCGGCGCCGGGAGGUGAGGGUGCUGCUCACCCACCUGCCCCGCUACGUGCAGCACCUACAGCGGCACCCGCACUCGCUGCUAGCCCGGUUGCUGGGAGUCCACAGCCUGAGGGUGGCCCAGGGAAAGAAGAAAUACUUCAUCAUCAUGCAGAGCGUCUUCUACCCCGCCGGCCGCAUCUCCGAGAGGUAUGAUAUCAAGGGCUGCGAGGUGAGCCGCUGGGUGGAGCCGGCCCCUGAGGGCAGUCCCCUUGUCUUAGUGCUGAAGGACCUCAACUUUCAGGGCAAGACCAUCAACCUGGGGCCCCAACGGAGCUGGCUUCUCCGCCAGAUGGAACUGGACACCACCUUCCUCCGGGAGCUCAACGUGCUGGAUUACAGCCUGCUGAUGGCCCUCCAGUGUCUCCAUGAGGACGAAAGGGGCCAGGGCAGCUGCCUCAUCUUCCGCAUGGCCAGGUCUGUGCAAGGGGCGCAGGGCCCGGAGGAGCCGGAGGCGCAGAACCGCCGGCUGCUGCCAGACGCCCCCAACGCCCUCCACAUCCUGGACGGGCCCGAGCAGCGCUAUUUCCUGGGCCUAGUGGAUCUGGCCACCGUCUACGGGCUUCGCAAGCGGCUGGAGCACCUGUGGAAGACGCUGCGCUACCCGGGCCGGACCUUCUCCACCGUCAGCCCGGCUCGCUACGCCCGUCGCCUCUGCCAGUGGGUAGAGGAGCACACCGAGUGACCAGCACCUGGCCCCAUUCUCCUUUUCGGGAAAUGGGCGCACGCCAGGAACGCUGGUUCCCGCCGGCCUGGGCAGCCCGCCUGCCGUUCCUCCGGAUGGCCAUCAGAGGGCAGCAUCCGCCAACCAGCUCUGCUCCUUUUGCUGGUGGUGCUGGGCCCCGUGUCGCGUCGAGGAUUUCCCUAUAAUCAGUUCCUUUAAUCCUCAAAAAAUGCCACUAUUCUCUCUUUACAGACCAUGAAAUGGAGGCUCAGGGGUGAAGGCACUGAGCAAGAUUAUUCAGCAAUAAAUGCUGGAACCAGGACUC